CAGACAUCCUCCUUCUCCUCUUCCACCCUCAUCCUCAGCCUCCAGCCAUUCAAUAACAACAAAGAAACCUCGCCUUUUCCUGAUUCUUCUUCAUCUUCAUCCAUCUAACCACCCCCUUUGAUGACCGUCGCCAUCAUGACUCUAACUACUCACCUUCUUCGUCGUAGUAUGCAUGCUGCCCAUAGUAUGCAUACUACCGCGAACAACAUGCAUUCGGGGAAGCCACACCCAGAUCCAGAGCAUCAUAUUUCCCCUCUGGCGGCCUUGAUCUUCUUCCUCACUGGGCUGGUGUUCCUUAUCCUCCUCUUUUCGAUCGGUUACACCUAUGGCCAUGUGAUUCCCACUCUGUGCAUGAUUGAGUCCCCCGAAACUGCUGCCUAUGUCCCUGUUGGCAACCUCGAGAGCGGCUCUAACGAGCCUCCCGCCUACACGGCCGAACCUACGACUCCCAAACCCGCUCAUGGACAGUCUGAUCAAGAGAUGGAUGGCCAAAUCGACGAUGAUGUCUUGCUGAUCACCAACAAACCCAUCACUGCCUCCCUUCGAGCCACCGUACUCCAUCUCCGAGCCCGCGCUGGCUACUGGUCUCGCUUCCGCGGUCUGUCCAUGUACCUGGUUUGGAACAUGGCCACAGGAUUCCUCAUCUCUAUUAUGGGCGGAGCAUUGGGUAAUCGCCUGAUCACUGCCGUUGCCGCCAUCAUCGCCGAGACUGCCCUGGCCACACUCCACAUGACUUGGGUUCACAUUGUCAUUUCCGACCCGAGUGAGAAGAAGUGGUACCAGAGAAUCCCAUCGAUCCGCACCUGGCCCAAGAUUGCCCCAGCGGUUGCCAUCUGGGCCACGACGAACCAAAUCGUCGCCAUCCUUCCCACGCUCGUCACCGGCUCCUUUGGAUCCUUGAAACAUAUGAAACACCCUGAAUACGAACCAGGUCGAAAGGAUCUCUACGCCGUUGGUGCCCAGGCUUUCUUGGGCAUGUUCUUGAUGCUGGCUCUGUUCCUCCUCCUUCAAAUCCCCGCCAGCGUCACAUUGGUGCGUGUGGCUGCAUCAAUGCUUCCUGAGGAAGACGAGACCAUUGUUCCCUUUGACCGCACCUUUGGCGGCAAGACCACCCCUACCAUCCUUGGUGGACAGGGCAAGAUUGGCCUAGUUGAGGCGUGGAGAAGUUUCGCCUGGGCGAGCCGAAUGAGACUGGUCAAACUCAUGAUCAAGGUCGCCGUGAUCAUGAUGUCCGUCUGGGUCUUGUUCACCAUUGUCCUGGUCACUGAGGCUCAUCUCUUGUUUGGUGAUCGAUUGGGCGAGGUCAUGAAGACCAUUCAUGGCGUUGCAGGACCUCGUUGAGUCGACAUGACGGGACCCACCGGUCUGCCACAUGUCUGCUCAAGCAAGAGCACACCACACUCGACAUUCGAGUAAAUGGAAAUACCAUACUCGAUGGUCUAUCGAUUUAUCACCUCCACUUUGGGUUGAAAAGCGGCAUUUCACGUUGGCGUUGAUUUGAUGGUCAAAUUGGGAAAUAUUGCAACUGGGAUUUGGACGAGGGUGCGAGUAUGUGGCGGGAAGAGCUAUGGAUUAGGAUCAUUGUGUGGAUAGACAAUCUGGAUUGUUGAGGACAUGAUGAUCUAGUCACGUGUUGGUCAAAUUGGUGUGGUUGGUCUCUUACCUGCUGAAGACAUUCUAUGUGGCCCAAGAGUGCAAUGACUGCUCUGGUGCUAGAUUGAAAUCACCACUGGACGUCGACCUUGGAUCCUGUCUCUCUAUCCUUACGAUCUUAAGUCAUGGAAUCCGAACUCAUUAUUUUCUCCAUUGGUGAUCACAUGUGGUAGCAAGUGAUAUCUUUGGCUCGGCCAGGGUUCGGCGCGGAUCGGAGGAAAGUGAGCAAUCCGGUUAUCUGAAUGACUACAGCGCACUGCAUUUGCUUUACCCGCCGUCCCUCCCACCGGCUCCGGGUGACCCCAUACUCGUACAUGCGCCCCUCGGCCCCCAGAAGAGUCCCCAUAAUUUGUGCUUGUACAAGGUCCCUUAGGCACUCACGCCUCCAAAGAUAACCUGGAGCCCAC